AUUCAUGUGCUUGGCGUGGAGCGGAGGAACAGAGUCUUGGCAGGGCUGUACAUGGGCCGCUCAGAUACCCAGCUGGUUGUUCGCCAAGCAUCCUUGCACGUUUGGAAGAUUGUCGUCUCAAACACGCCCCGCACGCUCCGGGAGAUCCUGCCAACGCUCUUUGGCCUCCUUUUGGGAUUCUUGGCCAGUACUUGUGCGGACAAGAGAACAAUUGCAGCACGGACACUGGGAGACCUUGUCCGGAAGCUGGGCGAAAAGAUCCUCCCAGAAAUCAUCCCCAUUUUGGAAGAAGGCCUGAGGUCUGAGAAGAGUGACAAGAGGCAAGGGGUCUGCAUUGGGCUGAGUGAGAUCAUGAAGUCCACCAGCAGGGAUGCC